GAUCCCGCUCUCCUUCUCUUUCCCCCCAGGGAGAGCUGAUCACCUUCUAUUACUAUUGGAAGAAAACCCCAGAAGCUGCCAGCUCCCGGGCUCACCGCAGGCAUCGGCGACAGGCUGUCUUUCGGAGAAUUAAAACCCGGACAGCUUCCACUCCGGUUAACACCCCCUCCAGGCCUCCUUCCAGCGAAUUCUUGGAUUUGAGUUCGGCCAGCGAAGAUGAUUUUGACAGCGAGGACAGCGAACAGGAGCUGAAGGGCUAUGCAUGUCGUCACUGCUUCACCACCACCUCCAAGGACUGGCACCACGGGGGCCGGGAAAACAUCCUCCUCUGCACGGACUGUCGGAUCCACUUCAAGAAGUACGGAGAACUCCCUCCCAUCGAGAAGCCGGUCGACCCACCACCCUUUAUGUUCAAGCCGGUCAAAGAGGAAGAUGACGGUCUCAGUGGAAAGCAUAGCAUGAGGACGAGAAGGAGUCGUGGCUCGCAGAUGUCUACACUUCGCAGCGGUCGUAAGAAGCAACCCACCAGCCCAGACGGGAGGGCCUCGCCCAUCAACGAGGACAUCCGAUCCAGCGGCCGUAACUCGCCCAGCGCGGCCAGCACGUCCAGUAACGAUAGCAAAGCGGAUUCAGUCAAGAAAUCCACCAAAAAGGCUAAGGAAGAGGUUUCUUCUCCUCUCAAGAGCUCCAAGAGGCAGCGAGAAAAGGCAGCGUCUGACAGCGAGGAGCCCGACCGCAUCAAUGCCAAGAAAACCAAAACCCAGGAGAUCAGCCGUCCCAACUCGCCAUCGGAGGGUGAAGGGGAGAGCUCCGACAGCCGCAGCGUGAACGACGAGGGCAGCAGCGACCCCAAAGACAUCGACCAGGACAACCGCAGCACCUCGCCCAGCAUCUCCAGCCCGCAGGACAAUGAGAGCGACUCGGAUUCCUCGGCCCAGCAGCAGCCGUCUCUCCAGACCCCCAACGGGCCGGCUCAGCCUCCGGGGCCCCUCCCAGCGCAGCUGCCCUCCUUACCGGCCGGCUCCAGCCUCCUCCCCUCUUCCAACGUCGUCCCGCACGACGUCUCCCCUCCGGGAGCUCAGCCCCCCAGCCAGCCUCUGGCCCCGGGCCUCUCUCAUUCGCACAUCCAGCAGGGCCCUUCGUUGCACCCGCCCAGGAUGCCUUCCCCUCCCCACCCAUCCCUGCAGCCGCUCGCUGGGGCUCCCGGCCAGCCCCCGCCACACCCUCAGCCGCCCCUCCACGGCCCGAUCCAGGCCCUCCCACACGGCCUGCAAGCGCAGCCCCUCCUGGCCCACCCGGCCCCUGCGCAGCCCUUUGUCCUGCCUCCCCAGGCCUUGCCGGCCUCCGCUUCGCAGUCUCAGGGUCCUCUGCCUCCCCCAGCCCACCCUGCCCUGCAGGUCUCCUCCGGCCAAGUGCCCUCCUCGUCCCCCCUGUCUUCCCAGUGCCCCCGGGAGCAGCCCCUGCCCCCCGCCCCCAUGGCCAUGCCCCACAUCAAGCCCCCGCCCACCACGCCCAUCCCGCCUCUCCCCGCGCUCCCUUCCCACAAGCACCUCUCGGGUCCUUCGCCGUUCUCCAUGAACUCCAACCUGCCUCCGCCACCGGCCCUGAAGCCACUCAGCUCCCUCUCCACCCACCACCCUCCCUCCGCGCACCCCCCUCCCCUGCAGUUGAUGCCCCAGAGCCAGCCCCUGCAGCCGUCCCCCGCCCAGCCACCGGUCCUCACCCAGAGCCACCCGGCUCCUCCCCAGCCUUCUUUCGCCCAGCACCCCUUCGUCCCUGGGGGGCCGCCUCCCGCCACGCCGCCCUCCUGCCCGUCGACUUCCACGCCGCCCUCGGUGCCCAGCGUCCCGAGCCAGGGGGCUGUGCCCAGCUCGGCCUGCGGCGGAAAUGUCCCCGUGGUGGCCCCCUGCACCAUCCCCUCCAUCCAGAUUAAGGAGGAGGCGCCCGACGAGGUCGAGGAGCCCGAGAGCCCACCUCCUCCCACCCGGAGCCCCUCGCCAGAACCCACCGUGGUGGACACGCCGAGCCACGCCAGCCAGUCAGCGAGGUUUUACAAGCACCUGGACCGCGGCUACAACUCCUGCGGGAGGACGGAUCUGUACUUCAUGCCCCUGGCCGGCUCCAAGCUGGCGAAGAAGCGAGAAGAGGCGAUCGAGAAAGCCAAGCGGGAAGCGGAGCAGAAAGCGAGAGAAGAGAGGGAACGGGAAAAAGAGAAGGAGAAGGAGAGGGAACGAGAACGGGAGCGUGAGAGAGAGGCCGAGAGGGUAGCGAAAGCGUCCAGUUCCUCCCACGACGGUCGUCUCGGAGAAUCUCAGCUGAGCGGCCCGGCGCACAUGAGGCCAUCCUUCGAGCCGCCCCCCACCACCAUCGCGGCCGUGCCCCCUUACAUCGGCCCGGACACCCCAGCCCUACGGACGCUGAGCGAGUACGCGCGUCCCCACGUCAUGUCCCCCACCAACCGGAACCACCCUUUCUUCGUUCCCCUCAACCCCGCUGACCCGCUUUUGGCCUACCACAUGCCGGGCCUCUACAACGUGGACCCCACCCUCCGGGAGCGGGAGCUGCGGGAGCGGGAGCUGCGGGAACGGGAGAUCCGGGAGCGGGAGCUGCGGGAGAGGAUGAAGCCGGGCUUCGAGGUGAAGCCUCCCGAGCUGGACGCCCUCCACCCGGCCACCAACCCCAUGGAGCACUUUGCCCGUCACGGAGCCCUCACCCUCCCCCCGACUGCAGGCCCUCACCCCUUCGCGUCCUUCCACCCUGGGCUUAACCCUCUGGAGAGGGAGAGACUCGCUUUAGCCGGCCCGCAGUUACGGCCCGAAAUGAGCUACCCGGACAGACUGGCUGCCGAGAGGAUCCACGCCGAGCGCAUGGCGUCCCUCACCAACGAUCCCUUGGCCCGGCUCCAGAUGUUCAACGUGACGCCCCACCACCACCAACAUUCCCACAUCCAUUCCCACCUGCAUCUCCACCAACAGGACCCACUACAUCAAGGCUCAGCCGGACCUGUUCACCCCCUCGUGGACCCUCUAGCCGCCGGACCACACUUGGCCCGCUUCCCUUACCCUCCCGGUACCAUCCCCAACCCGUUGCUAGGACAGCCGUCUCACGAGCAUGAAAUGCUGCGGCAUCCAGUCUUCGGUGCCCCCUACCCACGUGACCUCCCCGGUGCCAUCCCUCCUCCCAUGUCGGCAGCCCAUCAGUUACAAGCUAUGCACGCCCAGUCGGCAGAACUUCAGCGACUCGCCAUGGAGCAGCAGUGGCUUCACGGGCACCCCCACAUCCACGGGGGCCAUCUUCCCAGCCAAGAAGACUAUUAUAGCCGCCUGAAGAAAGAGGGCGACAAGCAGUUGUAAUACCUUAUUUAUUUGUGACGCUGACUACUCAAGUUCCUAGUCCUCGAGGGGGAGCAGUGGAAUGUGUUUAAUCUCAAGAACUGCUGACAAGCAAAAAGAAAAAAAAACCGAAUUCUCUUCCGGAGAGGACAUUUUUCUCUCUUUUUCACACGGAAAAAAAACAACAACACACAGCAGCCCCAAGCCCAUAACGUUUCGCCCGAAAGCCCAGACCUCACGAGACGUGAAUCGGUGCAUAUGUUCUAUAUAGUAUUCAUUUGUAGGAAACAUUUCUCUAAGACCAGUUCAGGAGUCUCCUUGCAUGACUAAACCUGUUAAAAGGCCUUUUUUUUUUUUGGUUCUUGGUUUUUGUUUUUUUUUUGGGAAUGGGAAGAGGAGAAACAAAACAGAACCGGAGAGAAAUUAAUCCAAAUAAUUUCCUCAGGCGAUCUUGGGGACUAUUGGUUUGGUAUGUUUUGGCCGUUGGGUAUUCUUUUGAUUAUUUUAUUUUCAUUUUGAGUAGGUGCUAGUUUCAGGUUCACAACCUCUAAUGCCAGCCACUGGUGCAUACACACACACAUACACACACACACACACACAAACAUAUAUAUAUAUAUACUUACAAAAACAAAAAAAACCUGAGAAUUGCAAGUAGUGGCUUUACAACCUCUGAAAAAAAAUCCAAGUGCUAUAAUAAGAAUUUUAGAAAAGAAAAAAAAAUCUACUUUUAUUUUAAUACAUUGUAGGCAAACUUCAUAAUUUUAAAAGAGAGCUUUGCAAGCAUGGCUUUUUAAGUCUGUAAAUAACUUUUGGGGAGGGGUUAGCAGUUUUUAAAAAGAUGAUUAUAAUUUCAUGAAUUUUCCUGAUUAUUAAUAUUAUUUUUUUUGCCUCUUCUUCUCCAGCCCCAACUCCUUCCUCAUCAUAAAAUCACCUUUACUUCUUAACCCGGUGUUCACAAGAAUAUAAACUUGAUUUUUUUAAACAAAUAAGAGGAAUAUAUAUAAGCGGACCCUUUGAUUCAUGAAAAGGGAACAGCAUAGUUAAUUUCAGAACGGCUGGUGGGAGCUCAAGCAUUAAAAAAAAGUUGCAGGGAUAAUAAUAUUUUUAAAAAGUGGGGGUUUUUUUUUGCACACACAUUACGUGUGCAAGGUUCUUUAUUUAAAUACUUUCGUUCCGUAAAACGUUCUCCUUGUUCUUCCUACAGUAGCUGGUUGUGUUACAAAACAGUUGUUUGAGCUGGAAGUCACAUCUCUCUUUCAGAUUGUGGGUACAUCACCUCGUCUCCAGGUGUGUCUUUACAUAUUACACUCCUUUUCCUGAUUUUAUUUUAUUUUUUAAAAUCCCAACAACGUAGGGACAUUUGAAGUAUUUUUUGCCUUUCUUAGUUUUGGGCCUGUGGAUCGUUUCAGCCAGCCCAUAAAUUUAAAUCUCAGUAAUUUGAGAGAAGCUAAAAAAAUGGAGCGGUAGGUUAUGCAAAAUGCAGUUUUUUCUGGGCUGGCUGUAAAUAUCAUUUUAAGUCGUCCGUGGACACAGUUGUGCAAGCAAAUUUCUCUCUACCCCUCUAGCCUCAGUUUAUCCUCUGGGUUGUGUUGGGAAGAGGGGUAAAAAUCAGAAUUUUGGCAACACUCAGGAACGGUUUGGCUUUUUCGCAAGAACAUUCACGCUGGCGUCCCAACUAAGUUGGGAUCACGCUGAAAUCUUCACCCUUUCCACGUCAGACAAACUAUUAAAUUGGGAGGCGAUAACGAAAUAUGUUUCACCUGUUCCCUUUUCGUUGCUCCUAUCAGAGGCCUUUGCUGUGCCGUGUAUCUCCCCUCCCUCUUAUUUUUUUGGGGGGAAGCCAAGAGUUCUGGUGCAAAGGCCAUUUUAAAAAUAAAGCCACCUGUUUUCUCUCCAUCCUUCAACAUCCCCCUCCUGAGCAGUUUGCAGCCUCCUUUUCACUCUAAAGGUUAAAAUAAAAAAAUUCCCAGCAACAACCUGCAUCUCGGUUUCACAGGAUAGAUUUAGCUUGGCUCGGGGAUCAUACCCAGCCCGGAAUUAAACCUCAAUCCACAUUGGAGAUCUGAUGGUCCUGCCUGUCUUAAUGCAAAGAUGGAAAAACAGUUGAAUUCAUCCUUCAGGGGAAGAGAAUGGGAUUGAGAAGCAGGAAAAGCAUUUAUUUUUAUUUUUAUUUUUUUGCAAGACAGAUGCAAACAAAAAAACCAACAAUGUAUUUUUUUCCCCCACCGACGAGCAAGACAAACUAAAAAGAAGUGGAGGAAUCUUGAAAAGUUCAGCCGCUUUUCUGGAGUGGAAAACACUAAAGGAAAAAAAAAAAAGCAGAAUAGCUCCCCAUAAUUGUGAAGAUUUUUCUUCCGUUGCAAGAGAAAAGUAAAAUCUAUCAACAGGUAAACCUCAAGUCUUCAGGGAUCUACCCGAGUGUAAGAUCCCUGUUUGGGGAAACUCGGACAACAGAAGUUGCAUUCUCAAGUCAAAGAUCAGCCUGUUGAACUCCCACCAAUCUCCCUUCUUUUUCCUCCUUAAUUUUCCAGUUAAUAUUUUGAAUCAUUCCAGGGUGGGGAAAUCUUUUAACUCACAGUGUUAUGUCUUCCCAAUCUCCUUCCUCCUGUUGCAAUUGCCUGAUAUUUUCUUUGUGGUUUUUAACACUUCUCAGUUUUUGGUUUUUGUUUUGUUUCAACAACACAUUUCUUUUUUUCUCUUGUUCUGGUUGCCCACUCUCCUACUUUGGGGCGGGUAAUUAUUUUUGUUGGUUUGUUUUAUUUCACCAACCCUGUCUCUUGUUCAGUGUUGUCCUUAUUCAAGCUCUCCCUUCUGACAACUACGUUUAUAUAUAUCUUGAGGCUUAGUGUAUAUAUGAGUAGUUCGCCAUGGGAUAACACAGUGUAAAGCAGGAUAUAGAAAAACCCAGGAGUUGUGAAUUCUGUGUUCUCUCCAUUUGAGUAUUUUGUAAUUUUUUUGAAAUAUUUGUGGACAUAAAUAAAAACCGAGCUACACUA